UUCAAUCAUAAACAUAUUUGAACCAGCUUAAGAAUAAAAUUACAUAAAGUUUUUUUUUUAUAAACUUAUGGUGCAAGAAUUUAAUUAAUUUUAGGGCAAAUAUUGUAAAAUAACAAAAAGUAAGGACGACCAAAAUGGCAAAUCCUUCAGCGCUACCACAGCUGUCCGAGAGUCACUUGGGCAAAUCAAAGAAUUGCCAUAUUUUACAACUAUACCCUACUCAAGAUGCCCGACAAACUCACAUUAUAUAUAAAGCCAUCUAAAGGACCAUCGUCGACUCAGGGCAAGCAGUCAUCGAAGAAGAAAAGUGCAAUGCUUGGUUAACUAAGAGAGCAUCUCUAAUCAAGGCCUUCAAGGACCACAGGCCUUAUGAAGGCAUCAUCCGGCAUAUCCGGCACACCCCAUAUCAAGGAAGCAUUACUCUCAAUGAACUUCGAGAAAGUUAUGACGAUAACGUAGUCUUUAAGGAAUGUUGAGCAUUUUAAAGAAGAAGGAUUUAAGACAAAGGAAAUAAACAAGUCUCAAUAAGAUGUUGAGUGAAGUGGAGGACUUGGCGUUCACCUGCGACGCUGUUACCAUUCCAAAAUCAAGUCGCUCCUUCCUCACAAUCACAGCUCACUUCCUUUAUCAAGAGUCACUGAACUCAAUAUGUCUGAAAUCUACAAGGAUGGAGCAGAUUUCUGAUGUCGAACAAAUAAAUAACUUUAAGGACUUUAAGUGCUUCCAUAACAAGUCCAUUGGAAAUGACAGUGACGAAUCGGAGAAUAUGGAGCUAAAACUUUAUUUUAGCUUGCCCAAAGCUGCGUCGGAAAGCAAUCCCCUGGAAAUAUGGAAAUCGCACAAAGCGACUAUGGCGGGCCUGUACAAGCUGGCCAUGAAAUAUUUAAUCACCCUGGAAUGUUCGGCGCCCUCAGAGCGGCUGGCGUCCGCCAUUAAAUGUGUGGUGUGUGACUCAAGGAGAAGGAUGACGGACGCACCCAAUGGGUAAUCCUAAAAUCCCUAAAAACGGCAAA